AUGCUUGCAAUAAUUAUCAACUUCAAAAAUGCUUGUAAUUGUCACAGUUUUUGUCAGUAAGUUUCUAAUCUGAGCAAUACUCGAAAUUUUUUCGAAAAGAUCAAUUUUUCGGCUCAAAAAAAUUGCUUUUUAUUAGCCUGAAAAUGUUUCCCUAACCUGAGCAAUGCCGAUUUUCAGACCCUACCAUCAACCUCCCCAAUAUUAUCCUCAACAACAUCAAGGCUCAAAUUGUGUAUCAUGCGAAAAUUCCGAAGAAGAAGACUACGACACUCCGCGAUUCCGCAAGAAAUCCAGAAAAAAUAAGAAGAAGAAUAAGAAGAAGUUCAAAUUUUCGAGCGAAGAACUUCCAGAAGGUUUGGAAGAUUUGGGAAAAGAAGAUGAAGAUGAAUUUCCACUUCCACCAGAUUCUUCAGAUUCAGAAAAAUUCGAAGAGAAAUUUGUGCCCAAAGAAAGUGUGGCUCAAAAAUCAUCGGCGGUCUCAGCUCCAGCGGGUUUGGGAGCACUUGGUUUGGGCAACGGCCAACUUUUUGGGAUUGGAAGUGGGGUUGGAGUUGGUGUGCCGGGUGUUGGACCGAUUGGUGUGUCGUCAGGAAUUGGAAUCGGAUAA